UUGAGUUCAUCGUUGGUCCUCUUUCUCACACGAUGAAGAACACAGCAUGCUUCUGCGCAGUUGUGUUGCCAUGGUUGCUGUUCCUAUCCUGUCUCGAAAGGUCAAGUGAGGAGACGGUGCAUUGCCAGUGGGGGCCAUUUGAAGACUGGUCCGAGUGCGAUGGCUGCACCCAGUUACAGAGCAGAAGUCGAAGGAUACUCGUGUAUGCCCAGUUAAGAGGGAACCCGUGUGAUGGGGAUCGAACAGAGACCAGAUCCUGCAACCCGACAAAGAGCUGCCCUCUAGCGGAUGGAUGUGGAAACAGGUUUCGCUGUCGAUCAGGGAAGUGCCUGAGCCGAUCUCUGCUGUGUAACGGAGACUUGGACUGCGACGACGGCGACGACGAGCAUGACUGCGAUCAUACCAGGAGAUACAUCACUUGUCCAAAUGAUCAACUCCCACCCAACAUCGAGCUCCUGGGAACCGGGUUUGAUGUGGUGUCAGGAACGAGCCGUGGCAGUGUCAUCGACACAAAAAGUUUUGGGGGCCGGUGUCGCUCCUUUUACAGUGGCUUUCACAAGGCUUUAUUCCGACUCCCUCUAAGUACCACCCAGUUGAUAUUCAAGGUUAAUGUGGAAAGUGAGUUCAGCGAGGAGACGUUCACCAGUCCAUGGCAAUACGCGAAGGAAAUGUCUGCAAGUGGAUUACACCCUCGUGACCUUCGUCUGACAAGUGACAUGACUCAGGAGCACAAAAUGCUGGUUUCAAAAUCUAUCAUGGAGGUGGCCCAAUUUCAAGCAGAGUCUCCCCAGUACAUCCCCUUAACCGAGAGCUUUUGGAAGGCCUUGGCCCAACUGCCGCUGGUCUACAACUACGCCGCCUACAGGAAGUUGCUGGAGACUUUUGGAACACACUAUUUCUCGGAAGGAGGCUUGGGAGGCGUCGUCACAGUGUUUGCCGCCGCCACUCCGGAAAUGCAGAGACAGAAGUUUGCUGGAAGAGGCUUUGAAGCGCAGCAGCUGAAAGUGGAAGGAGGAGAUGUCAAGAUCAUUUCCACGAUGCAGAAAGACGAUUCCAAAGGCUGGGACGUGUCCGCCGAGUGGACCCGCUCCCUGCGCUCACACCCAAAAGUCAUCAGACCGAAGCUGAGGCGGCUGUCAGAGCUGGUUAAGGAGGUUCCGUGCGGCGAGCUCAAGAGGUUUAACCUGGACCGGGCCUUGGAGGAGUACCUUCGCGAGAGCGACGCGUGCCACUGCCGUCCUUGUGGGAACAACGGCCUGGCUGUCAUGGAGGAAGGCCUGUGCAAGUGUAUUUGCAAGCCCGGCACGUCAGGGCCGGCCUGUGAGAACGGACUUGAGAGGACGGGUCAGCAACAAACGGACGUGACUGACGGCAGCUGGUCCUGCUGGUCCGCGUGGUCCGCGUGUUCCGGGGGUCAGAAGUCGCGAAGCCGCUCGUGCUCCCACCCCCCUCCCCGGGGUACCGGCCAGCUGUGUAAAGGCCACAGCGUCGACACCGCGUUUGACUGCGACCACACGGAGCACUUCAAAAUAUCGGAGCCCCAAUGCCUUGAACCAACAGCACCAGCAAUACCAACAUGUGGGACUCCGCCUGCGCUCGUCAAUGGCUACGUUCUGGAACCAAAAGAUGUGUACCUUGUGGGUAGCGAGGUUGAAUACAAAUGCACCGGCCAGUACCACCUCUUUGGACAGAACAUGUUGGAAUGUUCAGCCAAUCAAAAGUGGUCCGCCAUGCCAGGAUUGUGCAACUGGCCGAGGUGCAAGCUGUGGUCCCUCGCUCAUGACAUCAUCGUCCACCCGCUGGAGGCGUCCUACGGCAUCGGAGAGACGGUGACCCUGUCUUGCCCUCGGGGAAAACAACUUCUGGGUGACUCCAGGAUUGUUUGUGACAGCAAAGUCAAGUUCUCUCCAGACCCUACAAAUUUUGAAUGCAGUGAAGUGAUCACGCAGCAGCGGCAGCAGCCUCGGCGAAAGGGACGUUUUGCCCGCACGACGCCCUGUGAGCCUUGGGAGAAGCUGGAUGGAGGAAAAUGUCUUUGUAAGAUGCCCUUCGAGUGCAGGCCUUCUUUGGAAGUGUGCGCCACCCACGUUUCCAGCGGCAGGUCGGUUGUCCUCAGCGUGUGCGAACUCCACUCGCUGAGAUGUUUGAACGUCAACGUCGAGUUAGCGCCGGACAGCGCCUGCAAGUGGCCGCAGCGCAGCACAACCUCAAGCUGCGCCCGCUGUCCGAUGUGGCAAACCUGCGACGAGCACGGCGGGGAGUGUCGUUGUAAGGACCGCGCAGAGUGUCGGACUGCGGGGUUCGAAUUGUGCGUCCGCACCGGCGAGGAGGCUCCUGCCACGGGAAGCAUGAAUGAAUGUGAAGUAGGUCGAAGGCGCUGCAAAGGAGAAAAAGUCUCUGUCGUGGAUAUCGUGCCCUGUGACGCUGAAAGACGCGGGGAGACGGAAUGAAUGACCGACUUCAAAAUUCAAAUAAAUAACCGCAACAGCAAUCAACAAUGGAUUUCUUUUCUGCACGGUGAACGUGAGUGAGUCCAUGACUAUUUGCACGCUGCAGGUGGGAGUUAGCGUGUACUGUACAUACAGUAUGUGGAAAUCGUAAUUAGUCAACCCAACCAAAGAGUUUGAAAGAGCCAAAAAACGAAUAUGACCUAAAAAUCAUCACUGCAACAAUUGUCAAUCAACAAGUGAUGUUGUGAUCAACAAAAAUUUUGCUCUUCAGAACAGCAUCAAAUGCAAUCAUCUAAAGCAGGGGU